CGGUCGUGGCUUAAAAUCAUGAUUUUUCACAGCAAGAUAUACUAGAGAGUACGAAAUUGAAGCAGUUGGAAGUUACUUUUUUGUCUUCUUGUACCUGGCAAAUUCUUGUGCCCCUGAACUGUCCAAAAGAUCGACAAUAUAAUCUGUGGGAUUAAAAUGAAUGCCCAAACGUUCUUCAAGAUCUGUGGAAUAAUCACUUGUGUUAUUCUAUGUACCUGGUAGAGUAUUCCAAUAUCGAUGGAAUUAGUUUUGUGGGUUUGUUAGUCUUUCUCGUUCUACUCGCCUGGCUCAUAAUAUCACUGUUAGUACUGUUUAGAGACUGCGGAAGGCAAAUCUCUCAUCUCUGGACAAAUCUCUCAUCUCUGGAUUGUAUGGGGUUGCUAUGCAGUUGAGUUGGUUGUGUUCUUUGCCAUCAUCUUUGGAACUGAAGUGCGAGAAAAGCUUGAUAAAGACAAGUUCUGGAGUCCGAAUAAUCUUAAGAUAACCAUGUGUAUAACGCCAGCGAUUGCCCUUCUCCUCAUCACAACAGCGUCUGAUUCUCAAAAGUAUGGCGACCUUGUGAAACAGCUAUGUGGAAGUAUAGUUCUAGAUCUUUUCGAUACCAUGGAGGCCCUGACUAUAGUUAUUGCUCCUGAAGAUCCAACAUCACACCUUGACAAAUCAUUGAUCUACGCCAUAAUAGUCAUUGUUGCAUUAGCUCUCUUGCUUUCACCUUUGGAGAUGGCAGAAAAAGGAUUUGUACCAACAACACGCGGAAAAAGAAAAUGCAAGAAGAAGCUGACUAUCUUUAGGCUAGUGUUCRAGACGAUAGUGGUGAACAUUGCUCUGAUGAUUGUUCGUCUCAUUGCAUGGCUGAAAUACAAUCAUGAAGCGUCCAUUUUCAUCACCAAAAACGCUAUCAUCGUAGUUGUCUCUAUUGUCGAAGUUAUAAAAUUAUUAAUUGAUUCAAAUGAUGCAUAUUUUGACGAUUAUUGACUUAUAUUAGAAAAAGAAAAUGAUGGAACCUGAAUACAAGAUAUUGUAAUUGUUAUUAAUCCAUAAAUUAGCAGUGUGAAACUUUAAAGGGAAAAUCUCAAAGUUUAUAGUUUGUGUGCUACAUUGGUAAAGUUAACAGCUUCUGAAUGUAUGGUUAUUUAGCUUAUAUGAACUUUACAAUUAUUUGAAAGAUUUAUACAUUGUAUGUCAUAUUAUCUAUUAAACGGGUAUCAUAUAAUU